AAUGUGUUGGAAAACAAAAAUUCUCGACGUUGCCAGACCAACGUUGAUCAGCUGUGCAGCAAACUGCAGCGCCAUUGAGUCCUUUAGCAGGUGCAAAGAAAUAAAAUAACUUACAAAAAUUCUGCGAAAAAUUAAAGCCACUCUCCAGCAUCGCAAAAACAAAUCCCGUAAAAAGCAACAGCAAGCACAACUGGCGAGUGCCCACAGCAGAAACAUGGAGAGCAGUCUGAAUCGCAUGAUAAACCAAUCGCUGCGACAUCCACUCAGUGGCCAGCUCAGCAAAUACACAAAUGUGAUGAAAGGCUGGCAGUAUCGCUGGUUCACAGUUGAUGCUAAGACAGGCUUUCUCAGCUACUAUCUGUGCGAUUCCUCUGCCGUUGGUGAUGAUAUAGCGCCAUCGCCACAUGUCCUGGCCAGCGCUCCACGAGGUCAGGUGCAGCUGGCCGGCGCCGUUGUCUAUCCUAGCGACGAGGAUUCGCGUACGUUUUCCAUUGCUUGUGCUUCUGGUGACACCGUCAAGUUGCGUGCAAACGAUGUGCGUGCUCGCCAAGAGUGGGUUGACGGCUUGCGGGCUGUUGUCGAGAGCCACACAAAGGCCAUGGAUAUAAGCAAUUCAACGCCGUUGCCACCGCGCGAGUUGUUGGCAGCCUCCGAUGCUAUGGUCUCGGCUCGCCAGGCUUUAUUUCUCACGGAGCAGUGCAACGCUUCCUUGGCUCGUGCCAUUGAGAACAUCGAUUGUGCUUCCUUCUCGCCCACAGAUCCCGAUCUCUUGCUACUGAAAGCUAUAUCUACGGCCAGCACUCAGUGUUUGCAUCAGUGUCUCAGUCUACUGCAGCGGCAUCAGGAGAUUAAUCAACCGUCUGCCGAAGUCACAGCUGCGUUAAUAUAAGUUUGACAAAAAUUCCGUGAAUCGAAGCAAUAAAUCUUCAGUGUUGUGUUUUUAAAA